GGGAGGCAGGAUGGAGGUGGGGAGCUGCGCGCAGCGGCUCACUCACCCCGCGGUGGCUCAGGCAGCGGCAGCGGCAGGAGCGGAGGCAGGGCACGGAGGGGCCGCAGAGCCAGGGCUUUGUUAGUUGCACCCGCCGAGCUCCCCCCUUCCCCCACCGCCGAGCCCCCCCGCCCCCCAGCCAUGGAGCCGGGCCAGCAGCAGGCUCAGUGAGCCCCCCCCCCCCCGCCUCCCCCAGCAACGCCGCGCAGGGAGGAAGAGGGCGAGGAAGGCGAAGGGCCAUUUUUGUCUCCUUGGAAGUCUGGCUGGAGCCACCCAGCAGCCGUCGCUGUUCCCGAAGACCCAGCACGCAGCCCGCUCGCCUGCCUGCAGCCAAUGAACUCCAUGAACCCAAUGAAACCAUCCCUCCCACCCACGCCGCAUGGUGAUGGUUCAUUUGCAUAUGAGUCAGUUCCUUGGCAACAGAGCACCAAUCAGCCUGCAGGAUCUCUCUCCGUGGUAACCACCGUGUGGGGCGUCAGCAACAACACGUCCCAGAGCCAGGUUUUUGGAAACCCCAUGGGCCCUGGGGGAAACACCUCUGGAAACCCCAUGAUGCCCGGCAUGGCUGGCAACGGCUCUGGAAUGAACUCGCCUCAGUUUAUGGGACAGCAGCCUUUCCCGGAGGGGGCCACCGGCAAGGGCUACGUGCAGCAGGGGAUGUACGGCCGUAGCACGUACCCCGGGGGGCCGGGCUUCACCACUAGUUACGCAGGCAGCCCCAACGGCCCCGGCGGCAUGGGCCUCCCUUCGCACACGGGCCGGCCCCCAGCCGACUUCACCCAGGCAGCUGCUGCAGCCGCUGUGGCCGCAGCAGCUGCCACAGCCACGGCCACGGCCACAGCCACGGUGGCCGCCCUGCAGGAGAAACAGAGUCAGGAGCUGAGCCAGUACGGAGCGAUGGGGGCCGGGCAGCCAUUUAACAGCCAGUUUCUGCCUCACUCGGGCCCCCGUGGACCCGCUGUGCCAGCUGGGAUGAACCCUGCCAGCAUGGGGGGCGUGAUGGGCCCUUCAGCAAUGUCUCCCAUGAGCAUGAACCCCGCCAGGGCCCCUGGCAUGACCCCCUUGUAUGGAGGACAGAGGCUGCCCCAGCAUGGGUACCCCGGGCCCCCACAGAGCCAGCAGAUCCCCCGGCAGGGGGUCAAGAGGACGUAUUCCAGUGACGGUUACCCUGGGCAGCAGUACAUUCAGGGGGCCCAGUACCCCACCCAAGCUGCCCAGUAUGCCCCCAGCGCACCCCAGCCAUCUGCCCCGUCCCCCUCAUACCCUGGCCACAGGAUGCCCAUGCAGCAAGGAAUGGGCCAGUACCUCUCUGCCUCUGGCUCUGCUGGACCAUACUACAAGCCAACUGACCAGUUCAAUGGGCAGAAUGCCAGCUUCACCAGCUACAGCCAGGCCUCCAUGAAUGGGCCUGGCCGGUCUAUGCCUGGCUACCCCAGCUCCCCGCUGCCCGGGAACCCCACACCCCCCAUGACGCCCGGAAGCACCAUCCCGCCAUACAUGUCCCCAGGGCAGGACGUCAAGUCUCCCUUCCUGACAGACAUCAAGCCCACCAUCAGCUCCCUGCACCCGUCGCCUUCGGGCAACCCGUGCGAGGAGCUGCGCCUGACCUUCCCCGUGCGGGACGGGGUGGUCCUGGAGCCCUUCCGCCUCCAGCACAACCUGGCCGUCAGCAACCACGUCUUCCAGCUCCGGGACUCUGUCUACAAGACGCUGAUGCUGAGGCCUGACCUGGAGCUCCAGUUCAAAUGCUACCACCACGAGGACCGACAGAUGAACACUAACUGGCCGGCCUCAGUCCAGGUCAGCGUCAAUGCUACGCCCCUGACUAUCGAGCGGGGAGACAACAAGACUUCUCACAAGCCCCUCUACCUGAAGCAGGUGUGCCAGCCCGGGAGGAACACCAUCCAGAUAACGGUCACCGCCUGCUGCUGUUCUCACCUCUUUGUCCUGCAGCUGGUGCACCGGCCCUCCGUUCGGUCAGUGCUGCAAGGGUUAAUAAAGAAGCGCCUGCUACCAGCUGAGCACUGCAUCACCAAAAUAAAGCGAAACUUCAGCAGCGGGACGAUCCCAGGGACUCCGGGUCCCAAUGGGGAGGACGGCGUGGAGCAGACAGCUAUCAAGGUGUCGCUGAAGUGUCCCAUCACCUUCCGGAGAAUCCAGCUCCCUGCCCGAGGGCAUGACUGCAGGCACAUACAGUGCUUCGACUUAGAGUCCUACCUGCAGCUGAACUGCGAGAGGGGAACGUGGCGGUGUCCUGUUUGCAAUAAAACAGCCCUGCUGGAAGGACUAGAGGUGGAUCAGUACAUGCUGGGGAUCCUGAUCUACAUUCAGAACUCCGACUAUGAGGAGAUCACCAUCGACCCCACGUGCAGCUGGAAGCCAGUACCCAUCAAGCCCGACAUCCACAUCAAGGAGGAGCAGGACGGCCCUGUGCUGAAGCGCUGCCGGACCAUGAGCCCCACUCACAUGGUGAUGCCCAAUGUCAUGGAGAUGAUCGCUGCCCUGGGCCCCGGCUCCUCACCAUUCACGCCCCUGCAGCCCCCGCCCACCAGCGGCAGUGCCAGUGACUACAGCAGCCAGAGUUCCAGCUUCUCCGGCCCCGGCAAUUUCCCAGACUCGUUCCCUCCCACAAACCCCGGCACCCCGACGUUAAACGAAUUCACUCCAGGGCCUCCCCCCAUCUCCUACCAAUCGGACAUUCCCAGCAGCCUCCUGACCCCUGAAAAGCCACCGGCUCCCUCCAUCACCGGACAGAUGCCUCCAUCUGGCAGGAUGGAUCCAUCCCACAACCCUGUGCAGCAGGGGCUUCAUAACCCCAACCUCAGCGGCCAGUCGGGACAGCAGCUCCAUCAUCGGAACCCUCCCCCUCCGCAGUCCCGGCAGUCCAUUGGGCAGGCGGGAUCCGGGGGUCCAGCGCAUGCAGGGGAUCUUGCCUUUAACCCUGGGCCUGGGAUGGUGGGGCAGCCAGGCAUGCCGGGAGCUGGGGAAGGGCCAGAGCCUUCCCUCGAUCUUCUUCCCGAACUGACAAACCCCGAUGAGCUGCUCUCCUACCUGGGCCCACCAGAUCUCCCCAACAACAGCAACGAUGACCUGCUCUCCUUGUUUGAGAACAACUGAAGCCGUCCCUGGUAGAACGCAGCAACCAGGCCCAAAGGCCCUCCAUGCCCUCGUCCUUGCCUCUGCCCUGAGGCACCUCCACACUCAUCCAUCCCACAGCUUCCCAGACACGCGCCUCUCCUCUGCACUGGGCAAGGACCAGGGCUGAGGCAGCCCAGGACUUUGGCCUGAACAAUAAUCCCCUUGUCUGAACUCUCAGAACCUGCCCCACAAAAAGGACCCUGGAGCAGCUGGCUCUGGGAAUCCUUCCUGCGCAACGGAGAUGGCCCUCUCAGACCAUUCCUGGAGCCUCCGGGACACAGACGCACUCGGGCUAUGCUAACGUGCCAGGUCACCAACAUGCUGGGUGUACUGGCCCCAUUGAUCGACCCUGGAGGUGUCCUACAAACCACAGCUGGAGAAGAACAAAGCAGAGCAACUUCUUGGAAUGGGGCUGGUGGCACCCAGCCUCCCCCAGCUUCCUCAGCUGGCUCUAGGAUGCUCAGCUCUGCCUGGGCGCAUGGAGGUUCAGGAUGGAGACUGGCGCCAAUGUGUACAUUGCCGCACAGCCUAAGGCCAUUGGGGAAACGUGCUGAAGGAAAGCAGAGAGCCAUGGAGCCCAGUAUGAGGUUCACUCCCAGGGCCUGGCGAAGCAGACACAGCAUUGCCCUUGAAGGCCUCCAGAAGCCAUCUUCACCCAUCCCAGCUCCUAGAUGGGCACAGCACCGAGUUGGCUUCAGGCCCCCCCCCAGUGCUCAUGUGCUCUGGCUCCCUGCCAUCUCUAGGAGUGUCAGAACAUCACAGGAGCAUGCUUGGAGAUCCACAUCCGCUAUCUGCUCAGCGGGGUUGGGCCAAUGAUGAAUUGCAGUGGAAGAGAGGGGGGGUCUGGAAAGCCUCUUCCAUUCCCUUCCCCAGGACUGCAGCAGCAGCAGCAAAGGAACCUGGCUCCGUCAGAAAGACCAGGCAGUUCCCCAAACACGCCCUGACAGACUGACUCCAUCUGGUGAUGGGUCAUCUACAAGCACAAUGAUGUACAUAGUUUAGAAACACUAAAGGAAACAAACCCAAUAUAUUUAAAGGCAAGUGGGUCGCUCUGGUGUCUAGUUCUGGGGUCCCCCAGCCCCGGGGCAAGAGUCCUCUGUAUAAAUGUGCAUAUGCUCCCUAGUUUGUAAUAUAGACCAUUCCAUGUGGGACCACCCGCGCCACCAGAGACUGCUGCUUCAGCCAGAGCGGGACCCUUCCCUCACAUUCGAAAUGUCUGUCCCACCCAAGCCAGGUCUGGCUGCCGAGGAUGGGAACACGCCCAGCCAGCCCUGGAAAUCAAAGCGAAGAGUCAGUCCAAAAUGCUGUGGUUUUGGAACCUGCCGCCCCACCUCUCCACCCCCAGUCAGCGCCCCUCUCCAACCAAGGCUGAAUUCAGUGUGGUGGAGAAGGGGUCCCAAAGGCGGCCUGAUGGGGGAAAUCCAAACCAUUGUCCCUGGCCGGAUUUCUUAGGCCGGAGUCCUGUGUCUGAGUGCUGAUGACUGUUUAGUUUUGUGUAUCCCGUUUCAUUAUCGCUAUAUAUUAAAGGAUUUCUUUUUGGUGGG